CCAAGGCCCCAACUCUCCCUAAUUAAUAACUCCUCUCUGUCCUAUUUUUCUCAUUUUUCUCUCUCCUCACUCUCACAUCCUCCCUCCUAAACCCCACUCACCACCACUUCACUACCCAACAAACCUCCUUUUUCCUCCUCCCCCCACCCAACCCACCUCCACUACCCCUCCUCCUCCUCCCCCAUUUUCUCUCUCCUUCCUUUCCAAAACCCUAAAACCUCUCCGAUCUCACCCUUUCCAUUCCAACAAUUUCCGAUUCCGCUGCGGCCGACAGUCAACCGCAGCGGCGGACUUAGUAGGAGUAUCUUUCAAUAACUCAGUUGUUGUCGUGGUGGAUUUCGAAAACGGGGGAGAGAGAAAGAUAGAGGAGUGAUGUAUAAGAACCAGCUACAAGAGCUGGCGCAGAGGAGUUGCUUCAACUUACCCUCCUACACUUGCAUUCGGGAAGGUCCCGAUCACGCGCCUAGGUUUAAGGCUAUCGUUAACUUCAAUGGCGAAAGCUUUGAGUCACCUCAGUACUGUUCUACACUUCGUCAAGCGGAGCACGCCGCCGCCGAAGUUGCGCUUAAUUCUCUCUCCUCUCGCGGCCCUUCUCACUCUCUAGCCGCCCGCAUCCUGGAUGAGACAGGGGUUUACAAAAACCUUUUACAAGAGAUUUCACAAAGAGUUGGAGCCCCAUUGCCGCACUACACAACUUACAGAUCAGGUCUAGGGCACCAACCUGUUUUCACUGGUAAAGUAGAACUUGCUGGUAUCAUAUUCACAGGGGAGGCAGCCAAAAAUAAAAAACAGGCAGAGAAAAAUGCAGCUUUGGCUGCUUGGCAAUCUCUUAAACAAUUGGCACAGCAGUCUGGGAGCUUGUCUACGGAGCAAGAAAACAAUGACGAACUUGAGCAGGUGACUAUAGCCCGAGCAUUGUUGAGUUACCGAUUGAGGGAGAGAAUGACAAGUGCAUCAAGUAAACCGUUGCCAUUCCCUCAAACAUUCCCGAUCCAGAAUCCAAGACCUUCGAGCCCACAGCGUCGUCCAGUGACCGCAUCCAAGAUUCUUCCGCUUAUCUUCCCAAAGAAGACACCGCCUCGAGUGCGGCCCUUGUCAUUUACAUUAUCUGAUAAUGUGGGGCAAUCAUCCCAGUCCCAGAUUCCAGAAUCUAGAGGAGCUCAUUCUCAGUCCUCUCAGAGAUACUUAGGUAUGGGAGCACCUCCAUACAUUCCAAUCCGGCAUGUGCGAUCACCGUGCCAUGGUAUUGCACCGCCAGUGACUAUUAGGAAUUCAGUGCCUUGCUACUCUGCACCACCUAUUCCGCGCUCGUCAGCUGCUGCUCCUCCGGGGAUGAGAACGGCUCCACCUGUGCGGAUUGCACCGCCGGUAUGCAUUAGGCAAAGUAUCCCAGUCUUCUCUGCUCCACCAUAUCCCAAGGAAGACCUGUCAACUGUUACUCCUCCAGAGUCGAACAAAGUGGAAGCAGUUCAGGCAUCAACAGGAAGGGAAUCUCAAGAAUGUAAUAAAUCUGAUCCUAUUGUGAAACCUCUUCCCCCAUACACCUUUUGCCCUACUGUGACAAGGGCUUCCCCUGUUCGAAUCGCACCACCUGUCCGUAUUAGACAGGCUAUUCCUGUUUGUGCUGCCCCACCACCGAAAAAAGAUGGUCCUAUGGAGGCAAAAGAUCCUGGUAGGGAGGUGGAUUUUGAAGAUAAAACUCAGAACUCAGAAGCAGUAGAGAAGUUGGAACAGCUCAAACUCUGAAAUUGCUUGUAAGGAGGAAUGUAGAUCUCUAGGAGUAUCACAUCAGGGAGUAUGAUUUUGAUCUUUGGUUGUCGAUGCCAUCUUGUAUGAAUGUCCACCCCCUUUCUUUUUUUCUUCACCCCUCUUUUAGUUUUCUUGUAUUUGAGUUGGCACAUCACAUCAUCGAUGUUUCCCUAUAGUUAUUAUUAUAUCCCUUGAAACUAGUAGUAUAUUAGCAACUUAGUGUUAAAUUGGCUCAGUAGCCGAGUAUCGAAAACGUUUACCAUACUGUACCUGGUGUGGUGCUUUUACAA